CUCUAACUUUAUCCCUAUCCAUCCAUCUUUCUGUGGGUGUGCUAUGAUGGGGUUGCACCAUUUUGAUCCAAUCUCGAAAUGCAGCUCGGAAGGGAGAUCGAACCAGACGGUCGCUGCAGAUCUUGAUGGGACCCUCCUCAUAUCCCGUAGCGCCUUCCCUUACUUCAUGCUCAUCGCCAUAGAAGCCGGUAGCAUUCUUCGAGGACUAGUCCUCCUGGCGUCGGUCCCUCUCAUCUUCCUCGUAUACAUAUUUGCCUCUGAAUCGUUGGCCAUCAAGAUGAUUGCAUUCAUCUCCUUCGCGGGAUUGAAGAUCAGAGACAUUGAGAUUGUAUCAAGGUCUGUGUUGCCAAGGUUCUACGCCGAAGACGUGCACCCGGAGAGCUGGAGGGUGUUUAGUGCAUUUGGGAAGCGAUACAUUGUUACUGCCAAUCCAAGAAUUAUGGUGGAGCCAUUUGUGAAGAGCUUUCUCGGUGCCGACAAGGUGCUAGGGACUGAAUUGGAGGUUACGAAAUCAGGAAGGGCGACUGGGUUCAUCAAGAAACCGGGCGUACUCGUCGGGGAGCACAAGAGAGAUGCCCUUGAGAGGGAAUUCGGUGAGAACUUGCCGGAUUUGGGCAUUGGUGAUAGAGAGACUGAUUUUGAUUUUAUGUCCAUUUGCAAGGAAGGGUUCAUAGUGCCGAAAAUGAAAUGCGCGCCAGUGACGAGAAACAAACUCCUGAACCGGAUUGUCGUUCACGACGGUCGAUUGGUCCAGAGGCCCACCCCUCUGAUGGCCCUCUUCACUUUCCUAUGGAUGCCGAUCGGGAUCGUCCUCUCACUCAUCAGAAUCUACCUUGAUCUUCCCUUACCAGAACGUGUCGUCCGCUUCAUGUACAAGAUCCUCGGUAUCAAGCUCAUCAUCAAAGGCAACCCUCCACCACCCCCUAAAAAAGGCCAGAGUGGCGUCCUCUUCGUAUGCAACCAUCGAACCAUGUUAGACCCAAUCAUAUGUGCGGUCGCACUAGGGCGAAAGAUAAGUUGUGUUACUUAUAGUAUAAGCAAGUUCUCAGAGCUGAUCGCACCCAUCAAAACUGUGGCCUUAACGAGGGAAAGGGAGAAAGAUGCGGCCCACAUCAAACAGUUGCUUGAAGAAGGCGAUCUAGUGAUUUGUCCAGAAGGGACGACCUGUAGAGAACCAUUCCUUCUUAGGUUCAGUGCCCUCUUCGCAGAAUUAACGGACAGGAUCGUCCCAGUGGCAGUCACUACAAAGCAAAGCAUGUUUCAUGGGACAACCGUUCGAGGGUGGAAGAUGAUGGACCCAUACUUUUUCUUCAUGAACCCAAGGCCUACUUACGAGAUCACGUUCUUGAACCAGUUGCCCACUGAGCUAACUUGCACCGGAGGCAAAUCAGCCAUUGAGGUCGCCAACUACGUGCAACGAGUGCUUGGUGGGACGCUGGGGUUCGAGUGCACCAGCUUCACUAGGAAGGAUAAGUAUGAGAUUCUGGCUGGAACUGAUGGACGGGUGCCGCUGAAAAAGGAGAAAGCUUAAGCUACCAUAUUUGGUUUUUUUUUUUUUUUUUCAAAUCGGUAUUGUUUGUGUAUGUCACAUGACAAUAUGACUAUUUAUCUAUCUUUUUUAUAUAUACAUAUAUAGGUUGUGAUUUUGUGUCUCUGUAUGGGUAGAGGCCCUGAUCGCCGUUGAAUCGGUGGUGGGUCAGAUAGAGUCAGGUGGGGUCGUUGCAGUGUGAUGUUGCAUGUUGUUAAUUUGUGAUUAUAAAAGAGUAAUUUAAUCAUAGAAUGAAAUUUGGAUGGGGUACAUGUUUUAACGGUUGAGGGGGCAUGCAAAAAUCAUGGAGGAUAUUUGUUGUUUUCAA